UCUAGAACUGAAAAGUCAGCAACUGAUCAUAGUGGAGGCAUGUCGUACAUUCCACCGCACAAGAGGCACACGAAGGCUUCGCCGUCGCCGAAACCAACUCCGGCACCGGAAUCCCUGAUACCUGCCUUUAGAAAAAACCUGAAUUUCAUGUCGUUUGGGGAGCACAAGAGAAAGGAAAAGUAUUUGAACGAGAUCCGUUAUGCUCAUGAUGCAGUUAGGAAAUGGUUCCCUAUUUGUUUGACUGAUGAUUCUCACUUUUCAUCUCUUGUGAAGCUCGAACCUGUUUCUGUGGACCGAAAAUCAGGCGAAAAACCUCUUUCUUUUGUCCUAGUGCAAGGUUGCAGUGAAGGAACAAAUGAGCUUAUGGAUGAGCCAUGGCGUUUGGUGGCUAAAAGUGUGAUGAAGGACUUGCUUUUGUCAUUUCAACGUGUGAAAUGUGAAAUGGAGGAAUCUAAUAUGGAACAAUUAAAGCCUGCUCUAGUUGCUCGUUUUGGAAGAAUUCUCUUUUAUGGGAUUUCUGCAAAUAGUCAAGAAUCCCUGAAUAGUAACCCAUUGGGUGAAGCGAUGUUGAGGCAAAUGAAAAAAUCUUUCUAUACGAAUGUUCCUCUUUCAUAUAUGGAAUAUAUAGGAAACCUUGCAGUUGAGAAACUUGGCUUAGAAUAUGUGGAGGAGAAGGAAUUAUACUACGUUAAGCUUUCAGACAACGUGCGCUCUGAUUUAACUGUCACCUGCAAAUGCACGGUGGUCAAGGAUCAGGAGAAAAUUCAGCUCCAUAAGAUUGAGGUGAACGGAGUACGCAACAUGGUUGAAGACAUGAGCUGUCUUGGAAAAAGUUUAGACCUGAGGUUGAUGUUGUUUACCAAGAGAAUCAUGACGGCUUUAUCUGAUGAGGAGAUCAAUGGAAUUAAAAAUCUUAUUGGUUCUGCCGUUAUGGACUCAGAAGUUAAGGGUGGGUUGAGAUGGCCCUUUGGCAAGGAUUAUUCAGGGAGUCAAUAUGCUGUUAUCGGUGUCUGGCACACAACUGCAAAAUCAUAUGGAAAUUCGUUAAUUAGGUUUAAGCUUCGACAUGCAGAUCGAUUUGAUUUCAGAUCUUCAACUGGUGAGGUUGCACAGGAAGCUAACCUGAAAAUGCCUGGGAUUGUAUCCCAAUUGUGGAAGCAAGCGAUUGAUGAAAACCUGGUGCUUAAAAUGCUUGAAGACAACUUGAGGUUAAUCUGGGAUCACUGUUUGACUGAUGGUUCUUCAAGCUGACCAUGAUUCGUAUUUCGUGGUCCUUCACUUUCUUUUUGUAAAAAGAUCUGCAGAAACUGCUCGAAUCACAAGCUAUGUUCGGUUGGUGAAGAAAGUUGACCUUUUUUGCACUAUGUAGUUUGUGUAUGGAAUGAAAUGAGCCAAGGCCUCUGAUUUUAGCGGUAUCAGUAAGGAACACUAGAUGAGAUUGUAAAUAGUUCUGUCGUGUAAUGGAUCAAACUUGUUAUUUGCACGUAC